AUGUCACGUAUGCAACUGAACAUCCAUCAAUACGAUCUGAAUGCUAUGGGUCAAAUGAGGGGCUUCUAUCGCAUGCAUCUCAAGGAUGAGCAAUUUGCCAAUCUGACCAAGGUCACUCUCACUGAGAAAUGCGGUCAUACAUAUUCCACCGACAACCCUCAUCGCAUGGCCAAAGUAUCACCCCGCUCCAUACUAGUCCGCCAAGCACACUCUGUACGCUACAUCGCAGAUCACUGUCGCUUUCUUGUCUCCUUCCGGAUACAGCCCUACCUUCAAGGUUCAGUGACUUGGAGUGCACGGAAGCGACGUGGUCUUCGUGGCGUUGCGCCAAAGUCUACAGAAGCUCUCAUCCAGGCCAUCGUAUACCUCGUAGAGACGUGUGAGCAUCCAGAGACCAUCUGCAUCCGAUACGUAAUCGAAGUUCACGAGACAGAGGACUGUUACCUGGAUCAGAGGCUGUGCGAGGACUACUUCAGCGAUUCGUGCAAGUGCCGGGAGCAAGACUAUGAGUUUCUAGUACCAGAAAGGGGUUACGUAGAACGUCUAGAGUGGGCAGAAGAGUGGACAAGGGAUCAUCUUGAUUGGUUGCGGAUGCAAAAUCCAGAAUGGGAAAUGCUGUAG